GGCUGGGGCGCCACGUCACGACUCCUCGCCAAGAUCCGUGAAGAGUUCCUCCUCGUUGCCGCCGCCGCCGCCUUCUUCUCCACCGGCGACCUAGAGGGGAGGGAGGGUGCGCCGACGGCGUCCGGCGAUCGAGUGGGCGGGCGGAGAUGUUCCUGGUGGACUGGUUCUACGGGGUGCUGGCGUCGCUGGGGCUGUGGCAGAAGGAGGCCAAGAUCCUCUUCCUCGGCCUCGACAACGCCGGCAAGACCACCCUCCUCCACAUGCUCAAGGACGAGAGAUUGGUUCAGCAUCAGCCUACGCAAUAUCCAACUUCUGAAGAGCUGAGUAUCGGAAAGAUCAAGUUCAAGGCAUUUGAUUUGGGAGGACAUCAGAUAGCUCGCCGUGUGUGGAAGGAUUACUAUGCCAAGGUAGAUGCAGUGGUGUACCUCGUGGAUGCCUACGACAAGGAGCGGUUUGCUGAGUCGAAGAAGGAGCUCGAUGCGCUCCUGUCGGAUGAAUCCCUGGCCACUGUUCCAUUCCUGAUCCUGGGGAACAAGAUCGACAUCCCUUAUGCUGCGUCAGAGGAGGAGCUCCGCUACUAUAUGGGGCUGAGCAAUUUCACCACUGGCAAGGGCAACGUGAACCUGGGCGAGUCCAACGUCCGCCCUCUGGAGGUGUUCAUGUGCAGCGUCGUCCGCAAGAUGGGGUAUGGCGAAGGGUUCAAGUGGAUGUCACAGUACAUCAAGUAGGGUUAGCUAGCUACCAUGGUACUCCUGUUUCUACUUUAGCUUGCCACAAAAGAUAUAGGGAGCUAGCUGCCUUGGUCACUCACGGUGGUUCAUGGUGCCAGUACAUACGUGGUGGUCAUUAUGGAAGUAGUGCAAAGUAUGGGAUCUUGUGCUAGAUUUGCGUUCAAUUACAGUGUGUGAUCUUGAAGGAUGAACAUACUCUAAGCUUCGUUGCUGGAGCUCUUCAUUUCUUUUAUUGUUAUUAUUCUUGUGUG